AUGACGAUCAGCUUCAGCUAUCGUGUGGGCUCAAGCACUGUGGCAGGUAUUGUUGGGGCUGUGUCCCAGGCCAUUUGGGACUGCCUGGUGGAGGAGUACAUGCCUGUGCCGACCAAGCAGGACUGGAGGGACAUUUCUGAAGGCUUCCUUCAGAGGUGGAACUUCCCAAACUGCAUGGGUUCCAUCGAUGGCAAGCACAUUGUCAUCCAGGCCCCUCACAGCUCAGGGUCACUGUACCACAACUAUAAGGGGACAUUCUCCAUCGUUCUCCUUGCGGUUGUGGACGCCGACUGCAUGUUCCGGGUUAUCAAUGUGGGGGGUUACAGUCGCAACAGUGACGGUGGGACCCUGGACAACUCUGCGUUUGGUUUGGCCCUGAAGGAUGGAAUCCUGGACCUCCCAGAGAACUGCAUCAUCCCUGGAGCAGAGCCACGUGGACCACUGCCACACGUCUUUGUGGGUGAUGAGGCCUUUCCUCUGUGGAGCAACCUCCUGCGCCCCUCCCCUGGGACAAACCUCUCCAGAGAGAAGAGGCUUUUCAACUACUGCCUCAGGUUGACAGUCGAGUGUGCGUUUGGUAUACUCUCCAGCCAGUGGAGAAUGUAUCGGCGUGUCGUUGGUGUCAACCCAGCAAUGGCGGAGGUUUGUGUGAAGGCCACUUGCAUCCUCCACAAUUACAUCCCGAGGUCCAGGAGAGGUGCCAGGGGAUCUCCAGCAGCCAGUCCUGGCCAGGAGGGGUCUGCUGCUCUUCAGGAGGGUCCACGAGUGGGCAGCAACAAUGCUGCGCGUGCAGCCAUUUGUGUGAGAGAUGCAUUCACUGCAUACUUCAAUUCAGAGGGUGCAGUGCCCUGGCAGCAACAUGUCAUAUAG